CCAUGGUGCGCGAUUCUCCUGUUUGUCCCUCUUUGUCCGGUGGCGACAGUAGGCCAUGAUAAUUAUGGCAAAAUUUGCGUUUUUGAAUGAAUUAUAGCUGAAUGGUGGAUCGUCAAGCAUACACCGUGUGAGGACUGGUUUGCUGGCAAUGACACACCAGAGAGUUUCAGUUUAAAGGACAGCAGAGCAAGCAACGGAGAAAGGGUACAGUUUGCUUCCAAGACAGUCUGCAAGAUGGCUAGCUAUCUUCAGUGAGAUGCUAACGUUAGCUAGCAAGCUAAUGUUAGCAUAGUGAACUGUUCUCAAAACGUGAUCGACUGCUUUUUCUCACACAUGCUUUGACAAAUGCAACGAAAGGCAAAUUUUGAUUUCAGAGAAACAAGUCACAGUUUCGGAUUCAUGCAUCAGUGUUGCAGCUAUUCACCGCUGCUCGCUAGCCACAUUGAGUAACGUGGCUAGCCAAUUAGCUAUAGCAUUAACUAGCUUGCGUUAGCUAGCUGGUUCAAGUCGCUACACAUCUGUAAGUGAUCAUUUUAGAAAGAGGGGGGUUCUUUGUAACUUGCUUGUACCGGCAGACGAGCCAGGUAUCAAGCAGCCAGUUUCCCGCAGCUAUAGCAAAAACUGGUUUGGCUCAAAACGAACUUACUUGUUCGACUAACGUGAACGAGCUCAGGUUUACCUGAUGUUUAUUUGGUGACCAAAUCCCGGCGUGACAGAAACCGUGGCGAGACAUUUGCAGCUGGAAAGGAGGUCGCAGACCUGGGCCGGCGUCAUUAUAACAUCAUUUAACAACCAAAACGUCUUCGUUACUGCUGUGAUGAUUAUGAUGAUGAUAACCAUUCCAUCGUUAUUGACAUGACCUGAAGGCAGAUUCCACCUUCUCGGCUCAUAGCCUUCAAGACGUCGUCAUUUUUAACUUUUUUUUCCCUUGAACGGUGAUAUGCCACUUCACCGACAGUCAUAUUAGCUAAUGGCUACCGAAUCGGGGAGACUACUGGCGGGACAAGGAAAACGAAGCAAAGCUUCACAAAUGAAGAGCCCAGAGAAGAAGAAGGCGAGGAAAUCAACCACUCAGGCGGCGGGGUUCUCCCACCUCACUGAGUUUGCGCCUCCUCCGACCCCCAUGGUGGAUCACCUGGUCGCCUCCAACCCGUUUGAUGAUGACUUUGGGCCGCCAUCCCGACCUAGUGGGGCAGGUGGACCAGGUGGCGCUCCAUUUCUUCCAAGCCCAGGAGCAGGUGGAGGAGGUGGGUAUGGUGGAGGCAGAAUGGGUGGUGGCAUGGGCUUCAUGGGUGGCCCAGGUGGACCAGGUGGUGGUCAACCUAGGCGGGGGCCACCGUUCGGCCCUCCAUCGAAUGCUGGACCCCACCAUCAGCUAGGCUUUGGAGGAAUGCCGGGUUUCGGAGGUGGUGUUGGUGGAGGGGGUGGGGGAGGAGGCGGUGGUGGAGGAUUUCCCCCUGGCGGCCCUUCUCAGUUCAAUAUGCCACCAAACUUCAGUCCACCCAUGCACCCUGGCCCGGGAUUCAACCCCAUGUUGUCACCAGGUGGCAUGGGAGGUCCCGGAGGAGGGGGACCACCCCACCCUCGGUUUGGAAUGCCUCCACAGCAGCAGCAUGGACAGGGUGGACAUCCAUUUAACAGCCCACCAUUACCAGGUGGUGGAGGCCCCAGAGGGCCCCCACAUGGCCCCCUGCCCUCCAUGGGAGGAGGCAUGGGUCCUGGGAUGAAUAUGAUGGGUGGUAUGGGUGGUGGCCCUGGAGGCAACAUGGUAGGUCUGCAAGGUAUGCCCCCUCAAGGACAGUUCCCUCCAUCACAGGAUGGUCCCUACCCUGGCCCCAGUCCACCAGGGCCAGGCAAUGAGGAUGGAAAGAACUUUGGAGGAGGAGGGCCACCACCUGGGCCUCAGCAGCAGCAGCAGCAGCAGCAGCAGCAGCAGCAGCAGCAACAACAACAACAGCAGCAGCAGCAGCAGCAGCAGCAACAACUUAACCUAAAUCCCAAUGGCCCCCCUCCUAAUAAUACCACUCCUGGUCCUCCUCCUAACUCUGGUCCACCACAGCCUGGUGGUGGCUUCCCUGGCCACCCUGAUGUUCAGCAAUCUAAUGCUAAUACACCUGGUCAGCCUCCAUCAGCACCACCGCAGCCUAACCCUAACUCUUCUCCUACUGGUCCCCUGAAUGGAUCAGGUCAGCCCCAGCAUCCACCAACCAGUCAGCUACAGCCCCCAAGCAAUGCAAACACACCAAACUCUAAUAACUCUGCCCAGCAACAGCAACAAUCCACUCCUCCACACUCUGCACCUGGCUCCACACCUUACAACCAGCAGAACAACACUCCUGGUGCAGGUGGUCCCAUGCCAAAUGCGACCCCCAAUUCAGGUCAGAACAACAUGACCAACAACAAUGGCGGCAACACUCCUGGCAGCAACCCCAACCCCCCCUCUAACUCCACCUCAACCCCAAACACCCAGUCUCCUCUGCCUCCUGGUCCUGCUGCCUCUUCAACCGGGCCAGGAUCUGGACCCGGAAAACUUGGCGGCCCUGGUAUGGUCUUCCCUUGCGGCCUCUGUAUGGCGGAGGUGCACGAUGACCAGGACGCCAUCUUGUGCGAGGCGUCGUGCCAACGCUGGUUUCAUCGUGACUGCACAGGUCUGACAGAGCCAGCGUACGGGCUGCUGACACGGGAGAGUGCUGCUGUUUGGGCCUGUGACUUCUGCAUCAAGACCAAGGACAUCCAGGCCGUGUUUGUGCGCCAGGGAUUAGGCCAGCUGGUGGCAGCUAAUGAGAGUUGAGGAGUGGGUGAAAAAGGAGCAGCAUGGAGGUGCGACAUGUAAGGACACAUAGAUACAUCUUUGUUCUGUAUCUGAAUGACCUGUAAGCCCAAUUUUCUCUUGAAUAGCCCUUUACUUGUUCACCACAGAGAAACAUACUCAUUGACAUCCAUGCUUAUGUAUAGCACUUUGAGUGACUCUAGGCAAAUAAUUUUUUUUCCCCCAUCCCUCCAGUAGGAGUCAAAAAAAUCAUGAUGAAUGUUUAAACACAGUCUUUCAAACAUCUUGCCUGCCAACCAGCAAAGCACUGACACCAACACACUACCUCACACACUUUGUGACUGACUGGCACGGACGUACCCGCACUGACUGACUGGAAUUGACUGGGCACGUUCGCGGGCCACACGAGUGUGAUGGUAUUUUAAACACACACAUAAACAGUCAAACCCACAUUAGAAUUAAUGGGAUUAAUUGUAAACACACGAUACAUAUAUCUCUUUGUAUGGAAAAAGAGAUUCCCUCAAAAUCAUCCUUUGACGAAGUUUCUUUAAAGAAUUGAUUCAUUGAUUUAUUCUAGCACUGCUGUAUCACAGUUGGAAACAAGUGAACACCAGUUCAUCCAUAUAUUGACAUGUAAAACUGUCAUACUGUAAAACAGAAAUGUCAGGUGGAUUUUUUUAAAGUUCAUUUGAUUGUUCCUGUCCCUGCAAUCAUGAGUACAUACACACACACACACACGUUGACCUUGUUCUUCUUUAUAUUUGUCAUUUUGUGUCCAGUGCUGAUUAAUCCAAAGAAGACAUGGGUCAAGAUUUCAUCCACACUUUAAAGAGAAGGUUUUUAGCAUUUAGGCUACAUCUAUACUGCUACCAUUUUCACAAAGAAACGCAUCCAUUCUGCUCUGGAAGUGCCUGCUGUCAGCCAAGUUUAAGAAAUGCUGCUGGCUGCGUCUUACGUUGACAUCUCUACGGCAACGUUUUAAUAUUGACUGAGAAAAAAACCGACCAUGGAAGCAUAGUUACCCGCUUUUGCUUCCUGGUUGGUUCUUAUCAGCCACAACUCAACUACUAGCUGUGAACGAGCAGCUCCGUUAACACUUGACCUCAUCAGUCUCAUAAAAUAAGUUCUUGUUAGUUAUGUUUUCUGGAACAAAGCACAAACAACAGACGAGAGAAUCAGCUGCCACUUUACACUGGCACACACACGUUAUAGGUUAUUUUCAGGUGUGUUGAGGAGCUGAGACGCAGAUCGUUCUCAUCUGAAAAUUGUUUAAAUGAAAAUGCAGUAGUAUAUAUGUAGCCUUUUUAAAGUACUUGUAAAUAUUAGCACAAAACAUUUUCCCGUAACACAUCAGUGGUGAUCAUGCUGCAGAGUUGACCAAUGAACAAAUGAAUACGUUGAACCUAUGUGUCUUGGUUGUAUACAGUAUGGUGUUUUGGGUUGUUUUUUUGUUUUUUUUACACCAUACGUUUUGAGUCAACUUUUUCUCUCUCUCUUAUUUUUUUAUCUCUGCAGUACACAUGAAUUGUGAAAUCAGUGCUUUUUGGAUGGUGUUGGCAUAGCGAGUAGUGACAUCAUGUCAUAUCAGAUGUGCAUAGUCAUUUUCAAAAAAAAAAAAGAAAAGAAAAAACAGGAGGGGGUUGCAUGUGAACCAAUGCAGUAAAUGUUUGAUCUGUUCAUGUUUAUAUUCUGGCCUCUGUGCUGCAAGAGUCCUUGAAGUAGACCAAAUAACUAAAGAGCGGAAAAUACCCAUUUUUCACACUUCUGUCACAGUAUACGGUGUUUAUGACUAUUCUUCCUUCCUUCCUUUCCUUAAUUUACUUAAUGCAAUGUCCGAGUUGCCUUUCUUUUCUUGCUAUGUCUCAGCUGUACCUUUUUAUUUUGUACUGGUAUUUGUGCUGUGCUUUUGCUCUGCUCUGGCGCCUCCUGGUGGAACCCGGAGGAACCACUGUGUCCCACACAUGGGUGGGAAAGGGAAAGGUACUGAACUCUGAAGUAAAGAGACUUUUUUUUGUACGUGUCUGUCUGGUUUUAUCCAUUUUUCAUUUGUUUCUUAAUUGUUGUAUUAAAAUGAGGAUUGGAAAUAUA